AUGAAAGAUUUUGGUACCAAAUUAAAUUUUUCAACACCAGUUCAUCUCCAAACAAAUGGUCAUUCUGUAUUAAGCACGACUAAAUCACUCCAUUUUUCGCAAAUUAGGGUUAUGAACCAACUUUUCAAUAAACUGCAAAAAACGAAAUCAAAAUUCCCAAAGGUUAUAUUAAGGAGUCAGAAGUCUUUUGGUGAUUACCCUCAUUCAUCUGCUUCACAAUCUGCUUCAAGUGCCUCCACCAAUAGGGAAAAUUAUCAAGUAUUAAAAAGAAAAUACAUUUCAUUAGAAAAGCAAUUAUUUAAAAGAAGAGGAGAAGAGAGAACUUUUAGAACAAUUAGAAUUAGCCAAGAAGGUCUUCAAUCCGAAAAUCACAUAAUUAAAUCAGAGAUUACAAUUCUUCAAGAUAAAUUCAGUUACCAAUUUUUCAACACUAGUCAUUAUACUCUACAUCAAAUUCAUCAAAAUCUAAUGUUGGUAUUUCAAAUGCAGGUGCUAAUAGUUCCAAUCAUCUCAUUGAAUACUUCAGAAGAAAUCAAUGGUGAUAGAAUCAAAGAGAUUAAACAUGAAUUUGAAAGUUAUAGAAUUGCAAAAGAGAAUUUAGCAAUGGAAACCGUUAUUGGAAAGUCAAAGAAAUAG